AUGGCAUCUGAAAGUGAGGCUCAAGGAGAAGCCUACGAGGAGAAGAAUGUGCACGAGGUGUAUCAGCAGAUCGCGAAUCAUUUUUCCGCCACGAGGUACAAGCCAUGGCCAGUCGUGGAACGCUUUCUCCUGGAACAAAAGCCCGGCACCAUUGGGCUAGAUGUAGGAUGCGGUAAUGGCAAGUACCUAAUGGUAAAUAAAAGCGUCUUUAUCGUCGCCUCAGAUCGAUCCGAAAACCUGGCGCGAAUCGCCCGCCAGCAUCAACCACAUUCAACCAUCGUGGCUGAUAUUCUAAGUUUGCCGCACCCGGACGCCGCCUUUGAUUUCGCCAUCUCAAUUGCAGUUAUCCACCACCUGUCUACCCCCGACCGAAGGGUCCAAGCGAUCCAUGAAAUUCUGCAAAAGCUGAGGCCCGCCUCUGGCGACGUCCCCGGCGGCAGAGCCCUCGUUUAUGUCUGGGCCCUAGAACAAAAAUCGAGCCGCAGAGGCUGGGAUAAGGGCGACGAUAAGGAUAUCAUGGUUCCCUGGGUCUUGAAGAGCCCGCAAUCCGAUACCACUCCUGAUGCCGAGCCCAAGGUAUUCCACCGGUACUAUCAUCUCUAUGAAUCCGCUGAGCUGGAGGGUGACGUCGAGAAAGCGGGCGGCCGGGUGCUGGAAUCAGGAUACGACAAGGACAACUGGUGGGCGAUUGCGACUCGAGUCGACGAGAAAUAA